GAAAAGGUCGAGUAAUCAUUGACUCAUACGGACUUCAGUCUUCAGCAAAGUAGCAGCCAAUCGAUCUACAAAGACAAACUCCCAAGUCGCCGACUCCCUGCCGGCUGCCGCCCGCGAUUCACCACCGACGACCGCGCCCUGCCCAGCUUCCCCCACGUCCCUCUGCCGCACUACUCAGCCAGAGCUGGGACAAACCAGAGGACUUCUUCAGAGGCCAGAGCUGCGCUAGAGGACUUCUCCAGAGUUGAGCCAGAGGAUUUCUCCGGAACUUUGACAACCGGAAGAGUAUCCCUUCGACCCUUCAGCCCUUCGAACCUGUGGUCUUCGUUUAGUUUUUAUUCAAUCUUCGUUUAUAUGUGCUGAGGGCAACUGACAUGGAGGGAAUACCUCAUUAUGAUGAUGGAUUUCCUGCCUCUACUUUGUUUAGCCAAGGUUAUUCCUACACAUAUGAUGAUGUCAUAUUCCUUCCUGGUUAUAUUGACUUCGCAACUGACGCUGUGGAUCUAUCUACUAACUUUAGCCGCAAUAUUUCACUGUCCUUGCCUUGUGUCGCCUCUCCCAUGGAUACGGUUACCGAGUCCUCAAUGUCUGCUGCCAUGGCAGCUCUCGGCGGAAUAGGCAUCGUCCACUCUAACAACACCCCUUCCAAACAAGCCUCCAUAGUUCAAUCAGUAAAGUCUCACAAAAUCCCUUUCGCUGCCGACUUGAUAUUCAUCUCCCCUGGUGAUUCCAUCCAAUCUGCUGAGGAGUUCGGUUCAGGUCCCUGUGUAUUCGUUACAGAGUCAGGGACUCAGCGGUCCAAACUAUUGGGCAUCGUGUCAAGGUCAUCAUGGGAGUCUUUGAGUAACAAGGAAGUAAGGGUUUCAGAUUACAUGAAAAAAUCUGCAGUGUCAUUGCCGUCAAGCUACAAAUAUGAAGAUGUAGCUGGUUAUCUAGAAGCUGAAAAGCUUGAGUAUGUGCCAUUGGUGAAUGAAAGUGAUGCAGAAGUUGUUAAUUUGGUAACCAGUGGUGAUGUGGAGCGUAUAAAGGGAUUCCCUAAACUCGGAUUGCCAUCAUUGGGCCCAGAUGGAAAGUUCUUGGUUGGAGCAGCUAUAGGGACAAGGGAAUCAGAUAAAGAGAGGCUCGAGCAUUUGGUUAAAGCUGGGAUAAACACUGUGGUUAUUGAUAGCUCACAAGGAUUUUCCCAUUACCAAAUGGAAAUGGUUAAGUUUGUAAAGCGUACAUACCCGGAAUUGGAUGUCAUUGGGGGAAAUGUGGUAACAACUUAUCAAGCUAGGGGUUUGAUUCGGGCGGGUGUUGAUGGGUUAAGAGUUGGGAUGGGAUCUGGCUCCAUUUGUACGACACAAGAAGUUUGUGCUGUUGGACGUGGUCAGGCUACAGCUGUAUAUAAGGUGUCAUCGGUUGCUCAGGAGGAAGGUAUUCCGGUCAUUGCGGAUGGAGGAAUAAAGAAUUCUGGCCACUUUGUUAAAGCCUUAUCCCUAGGGGCAUCUACUGUUAUGAUGGGAAGCUUUUUAGCUGGAAGCAGUGAAGCUCCUGGCACAUACGAAUAUAACAAGGAUGGUGUACGAGUUAAAAGAUAUCGAGGAAUGGGAUCAUUAGAUGCAAUGACUAAAGGAAGUGAUGCAAGAUACUUGGGUGAUACGACUAAGUUAAAGAUUGCUCAGGGGGUUGCUGGAACAGUGAAAGACAAAGGUUCUGUUUUGAAGUUCAUACCAUACACUAUGCAAGCCCUAAAACAAGGGUUCCAAGAUCUUGGUGUUUCUUCCAUCCAUUCAGCCCAUCAGCAUUUGAGAUCGGGCACUUUGAGACUCGAGGUUCGAACUGGAGCAGCACAGUCUGAGGGUGGAGUUCAGGAAGGUGGAGCUCAUGGACUGGUUUCUUACGAGAAAGGAAAAUACUUUUAAAAACCAUUCUUAGCUUCUAGUCAGGGGUGGGGGUGCUUUAACCUAUGGAAGUCUUUUUAUUCUCCCCAUUAAUUAUUCUUUGAAUUGUGCACUUUUUAAGUUCUUGUUUUGUUUCGUUUUGUACAAACUUUGAAUAAAGAUAUUUGGAUUUCCAAUAUUUGAAGGUCCAGCUGACCAUUGAAUGUUCCAAGAUUGACCAUUGAAUAAAGCAUCUUAACUUUUUUCAUGUCC